GCGAGGCCGUGAAAAUGACAGAUCUUGCUCGAUUUCUGCUGCCAAUCUGCCGUCAGGUUACGUCAACAAACUCUACUCGGUUUCUGCUCACGAUCUGUUGUCAGGGUAUGUAUAACCCUAUCGAAGAAGGGGGCAUAUCGGGGGACGGGCCAGACCCCCUAGUGUCUGCGACAGACUCUCCUUCGGGAAUCGGAUCCCUUAGAAACGAGCUGAAGCUGGACACGAGGAGGCCGGAUAGAAUGCUGCACACGAGCCCAGGUCCCCCUGACCAACGCCCAAGGCGGAACACUCGGGAAAUUUUAGUGGGUGCAAGUCCCAUACAACCUUCCGCCUCUUCCCUGGGAAACAGGCGUAGGCAUUUCCUCCCCAUUAUAAAAAAAAAGUAAUAUCGUCUUUGAAUUCGAUCGUUCUAUAUCUCCGUGAGCAGUCUAAAUGCUAUGAAACAAAAGGACAGACAUAAUGGUAGACAAAUUGAAAUGUGCAACCUGGGCUCCAGGCUUGAUCUGCAAAAAUCUUAAAAAAUAUUAAUCGCGAACGCACGACAAAGUUGCACCACGCUCAUAAGUGUGAUCGCAGUUUACAUUUAGUAAAUACUCAA